AUGUUUGAAGCAUGUUUGAUUGACCGUCAGCAUGUCGCCUUUUUGCCGCCUUUGUUUUUCCCCCUUCUCUAUACUCUACUCCAGAUGGGGGUUUAUUGUCAAAUCAAUAUUUUGCUAACUAACCCGCACAUGACCCGUGCCUGGAGAGGAAUGGUGUCAGCGCGCUCCAUCUGGGCCGGUUUCAAAUAUACCUGGCCUUUUUGGUCUGGUCAGCUAUGA